UUCUUGGAACGUAUUUUUGAAAGAUCAGUGAGAAGGCUAUCGUAAUUUUUGGCGCGGGUCAUUGUUGUGAUUCUUUAAUAAUUUUCCCUAUUUUUUUCUUGUCAUGAAGAACUUUUAAUCACGUAUGGAUUCAGUGCAUAUCAAUCUUCACUGAUCAAUUAACAAAUAUUGUAAAUUGUGUCGAUUAUCUAUGAUAAAGACCAAAAGACCGAUGUAAAUUCUGCACAGAUGUGACCAUGUAAAAAGUAGAAACCAUGAAUGGUGAAGUACCCAGUGUUCCAAUAACAACACUUGCGGGGAUCAGUAGUUUAACAGAUUUAUUGCCAGAAUUACCUCUACCAACUCCCAUUCCAUCUACAGUAAAUAACAGAAGCCUUUUACAUAAUUCAAAAGUUGCUGAAGGAGCCAAAAGAUUAUUACAGUCCAAAGAUGAUUUCCUAGCAAAACAUGUCUGUCGAACUCUGUGCCAGACGACAACUGAUGAAAUAUUACUCAAAGAUAACCAUGCAGGAGAUGGGAUAGAGGGGGAUGUGCCGCCAUUACUGCGGUCUGUUUUGGCACAAAAUCCACAUGUAUUCAGAGUCACAAGAAGUAACUCUAAAAAGCAUUCGCCGCAGAACAAUGACAUUUCUGUGCAGCAAAAGCAUCCAAAAUUUAACCAGAAACAUGGCAGCAAUAAAAGUCAAGAUAGUGCUAAACGAAGAUCUGGGUCUAAUAAAUUCCAAGACUCUUUUCUUAAUUUCACAGAAUCCUCGACUACAAAUGAUAUAGGUGCUAUGAAUGGAGAACAUCCUGAUACAGAACAUGCCGAGUAUCCUACGCGGCAUAAUUCAAAUGAAAACUCCAAAGGUACACCAAAAGUUGUAUCACCAGCACAGGGAAGUGUUGCCGAAUCUGUUACUAGGCUGAAUAGUAAAGAAUUGGAGAUGUCAGAAAAAUGGCGCAAAAUAUUUGAUAAGGGACCAGAACCUCGAGUUGUUUUAGAACCUCUCGGAUCUCAAUCACAAAUUAUAUCACCAUCAUUAAAACCUCCACCACCAAAAGAACCAAAGGCUGUAGUUUUAUUAGAGAUGUUAGAUGAAAAACCAAAAAAGAAGAAAAAAGGGAAUAAGAAGCAACUGAAAACAUUACAGUCUAGUGGAUCUGUUAAAACAAAAUCAGAUCGACGUUCACAUAGUUCAGGCAAUAAAAGGUCAUAUUAUGAAGAGUCAGAUGAUGACGAUGGAAGAAAUCGACGGAAAAAACGGCGACAGUAUGAUUCAGAUGAAGAAAGUGAACCCCCUAGUCCUGUUGAAGUUAAAAAGAAGAAAAAGGACAAAAGAAGACAUAGAAUGCAACAGGAAUUAUCAAUAGAAGAAUUAUUAGAUAGUCCCACCUUUAAAAAAUUUAGUUCAUGCAUAGAAACCAUUUUUGAUUCUGCAGAAGAUGUCAACUUUGGUUCCUUAGAUCCAAAUGAUGAAGAAACUGAAAUUCCAGAAGAAACGUUGAUAGCCAAGUCAACACUGGCAGAGUUGUGUGGUGAAGCAGCAAAGCUGAAGACAAUGGGAGUCCUCAAUCAGGUCCCAGCAGCAACAUUAAUUAAGUUAUUAACGAUUCUUCAGUGGAAUGUAAGAGAUGGUUCAAGGAUUACACCUAUCAUUAGUGCUAAUGACAUGGAAGAUGAAGAUGAACAGAGAUUAUGGAGAGAAUUAACAAUGGAACGUGUUAUGCGAAGUAUGGACGCUGCUCUCACUGCCACUUAUAUAAUGAGUGCAAAAAGUAUGCCAAAACAAGUGUAUAUAGAAGAUGUGAUAGAAAGGAUAUUAUUGUUUGGAAAAUUUCAGUUAUUAAAUUCAAUAUAUCCAGAAUUUGAUCCAGUAUACAGGAUUGAUAAGAAAAAAGAUGCCUACACAAGUUCAAAAGCUAAAAGGGCUCGAGCUGGCCAAGUAAAACAUAAAUCAUCAAUAACUUUGUAUAAUAAAAUGGCCGAAAUGAUCAGCAAUUUAUCAGAAAUUUUAGAAAUUCAAGAAUUAACAGACACAACUAUUCUACAGGUUUCUACAUUGGGUGUAGGACCUUUCUUUGUAGAAAACAUCAGCGAGAUACAGUUAAAUGCAAUGAAACUUGUAACUACAGUAUUUUCAAGAUAUGAAAAACAUAGGCAGCUUAUAUUAGAAGACAUCUUUGCAAGUUUAGCACGAUUACCAUCAAGUAAACGGAAUCUCAGGAAUUACAGGUUAAACUCUGAAGAGUCAAUACAGAUGGUGACAGCUUUGGCAUUGCAGUUGAUCCAGAGUGUUGUUACCUUACCACAGCCAAAAAGUGACAACCCUAAUGAAGAGGUUUCAGAAGAGGAAGUAUCAGUGUCGAAGAAAAACAAAUCAAAUCAAAAAGCCAAACAUGGCCAGACUGACACAGAUCUCCUUAUUGUUACCUCAUUUGAAAAUGCAAUGAGAACAGCACACAAUUUUCUCUCAGUUUUCUUACAAAAAUGUACAGUAAAAGGUGAGGAAGAUUACCGGCCAUUAUUUGAGAAUUUUGUACAAGAUCUGCUUUCUACAGUUAAUAAACCAGAAUGGCCAUCAUCAGAACUGCUGCUGAGUUUAUUAGGAAGAAUAUUGGUGAAACAGUUUAGUAAUAAAUCUGUCGAUAUGUCCCUCAGGGUAGCGUCUUUAGAAUAUCUUGGUAUUGUUGCAUCAAGAUUACGUAAAGAUGCAGUUUCUAGUCAACUCAAUCAAGAGUCUAUAGAUGAAAUAGUAGCUAAAGUUAAUGAAGAUGAUACUGAUGAUGAAGAAUCAAGCAGGUCAACAAGGGGAAACAAAAAAACGGAAAAGUCUGAAGUAUCAGAGGAUCCUACACAGACUCUUCAGGAAUCCAUGUUAGAUUUCCUAGCCAGUAACUCAGAAAAUGAACCAGCUUAUUGGCAUGCCAGAAGUUUCUACAUUGCCCAGUGGUAUCGAGAUACAACAGUUGAAGCAGAGAAGAAAAUGAAAGCCAGUGGAGAUCAUGAGGAUGAAUUUGAUGAAACAGAGGUAGAAAUAUCAACAGAAACAGAAACAAUGGAAAAUCAGGAGAAAAGAAAGAAAUUUCUUCUAUCACAGAUAAAUAGCAUUCAACCUUCAGAUUUAAAUUUUAGACCUCCUUCUUCCAAAUUAGAUGAUGACAAUGCAGGUUUAGUAGCAAGAUACCUUUCAUCCAAAAGACCAUUUGCACAGAGCUUUGAUAUUUAUUUAACACAGAUUUUGAGAGUUUUGAGUGAAAAUGCAGUAGCUGUACGAACAAAAGCAAUGAAAUGUUUAACCGCUGUGGUAGAAGCUGAUCCAGGCAUUUUAGCAAGAAAUGACAUGCAGAAAGGUGUCCAUGGCAGAUUCCUCGACCAAUCGACAUCUGUACGAGAGGCAGCAGUAGAGUUAGUAGGAAGGUUUAUUCUUAUCCGUCCAGAACUUAUACCUGAUUACUUCCAAAUGUUGUCGGACAGAAUUCUGGAUACAGGGAUAAGUGUAAGAAAACGGGUGAUAAAAAUAUUUAGAGAAAUUUGUAUUGAACAAAGUGAUUUUCCCAAAAUACCAGAUAUGUGUGUCAAAAUGAUUCGGAGAGUAAAUGAUGAGGAAGGAAUAAAGAAACUGGUAAAUGAAGUGUUCCAGACCAUGUGGUUUACAGCUCUUAGCAAUAGAGAAAAAGAUUCAUCAAAGUUGUUACAAAGAGUUGUUAACAUAACAGAAGUGGUUGCAGCCAUCAAAGAUAAUGGUUAUGAAUUCUUUGAACAGUUAUUAGAAAAUUUGCUGAAGAAAGAUGAAAAUGGCCAUUACAACAAAAAUGCUGUUACAUCUUGCAGACAAAUUGUUGACUGUCUAGUGGAAAAUGUACUGAGAUUAGAAGAGAAAAGUGUUGAUCAAGAAGAAGGGAAAGGAUGCAGUCAGAGGCUAGUAGCUUGCCUUUCAACUCUUUACUUGUUCAGCAAAAUCAAACCUGACUUAAUGGUGAAACAUGCAGAAACACUACAACCAUAUUUAGAUAUUAAAUGCAGUGCACAAGGAGAUUAUUUUGUGCUGCAUUACAUUGCCAAAAUUCUAGAGUUGGUUGUGCCCUUGAUGGAGCAUCCAAGUGAAUCAUUCCUUGCACAGUUAGAAGAAGAUAUGAUGAAACUCAUUCUUAAACAUGGCAUGAUGGUGCUACAAAGCUGUGUCAGUUGUUUAGGUGCUGUUGUGAAUUGUGUUAGUCAUAACUUUGCCUUGGUUAAAGAUUGCUUCCAGAAAUUCUUUGGUCUUCUAACACGGAUGAUGGUUAUCCACAAGUCAAAUCCAAGGGAAUCAUCGCUGAAUGCUAGAAAACCUACACUCAACAGAUCUCUAUUCACAGUUGGUUUAUUUUGUAAACACUUUGACUUUGAUUCCAAAGAAAUGGGUGAAACGAAGGAGAAUGAAGAAGAGGUUUCAAUCCGAGAGAAAGUGUUUGAUGUGUUAUAUUAUUUUGUCUCUCAUGAAGAUUUAGAUGUGCAAGAGAAAGCUCUGGCAGGUUUAGGUUUCCUUGUUGUACGGCAUUAUGAAUUUAUGAUGCACACUGUGAUGAGAGAAAUGUACUAUGACUUCCUUACAAAUACAGAAUCUCCUGUUAGACUCAAAAUUCAAGUUUUGAAAAAUCUCCAGUAUUAUUUAAAUGAAGAGGAAAUUAGAAUGCAGAUUUCAGAUCAGGAGUGGAAGAAACAUGCAAAGCAAGAAGAUUUGAAGGAAAUGGGGGAUGUGCAAUCAGGGAUGGCUAGUACUAUUAUGCAAAUCUAUUUAAAGCAAGUCUUAGAAUCCUUCUUCCAUCAGCAAACAGCAGUCAGAACAGCAGCUUUAAAUGUGAUAUGUUUAGUUCUACGGCAAGGUCUUAUUCAUCCUGUGCAGUGUGUGCCAUAUUUAAUCAGUUUUUGUACAGAUAGUGAUAAUGUGAUAAGGGCAAAGGCUGAUUCACAGUUAGAGGAGAUAGAGAAAAAAUACCCUGGCUUUAUUCAUAUGAAAGCUUUACAAGGAUUAAAGAUGUCAUAUAAACUACAAGAGUUCUUAAUAAACAAUAAAUCUGAGUUAGUGCGUGGCAUGAGAAACUGUAAUGACCAUAUUCAAAGUUUAAAUUCUCGACUUUAUUCUGUGUUGCGGACUAAUCGUUCACAUCGGAGAGCUAUAUUGACAUCAUUAUUAAAUACUUUUGAUGAUUCUUCGAAAAUUUCAUUACAAGAACAAGUGUACAUAGCAGAUAAUUUAGCAUACUUCCCAUACCUCACUCAGGAUGAACCUUUAUUUAUCAUCAAUCAAAUUGAUAUCAUUGUCUCCGUCUCAGGCUCCAACUUGUUACAGUCUUUCAAAGAGAAACUGCUUCCUAGUAAAAAGGCAAGAGCAAUGAGUAUGAUUAAUAAUGGUCAUGAAGAAGGAAGAAAAGUAGCAUAUGAUGAGGAUGAUGACGACUUCGAAGCCAUGUUAGAAAGACUACCAGAGUAUAUAGACGCAUUACAGGAUAUCAUUAAACUCUCACAGGGGUGUAUUCUUCUCCUUCAUUUAAAACAACAUCUUAAAGAAACAUAUGGAUUCACUGACAGUAAAGUGCACAACUACUCACCAGCAGAGACCAAAACAUAUGAUAAACCAGUGAAUAGAAAAACUGUAUUGAAAUUCCAGCCACAGACUGUUCUCAAAGAGUUACAAACCUCUCAAUUAUCAGAUGAAGAAGCCAGAGAGAAAUUAGUCAGUGAUUAUGUGGAGUUCAAGGAAUUGAUGUUAAGUAUAGACCCACCUGAUGAAGAUGAAAGCGAUGAGGCUAAGAGCACAGGACGCCACACACCAACCCCUGGACGUAACACCCCCACUCCAGGAAGAACAGCACCAAGGGUACCUCCCAUGACAAUCCGUAUUGGAGAUGACGGUGUUGUAGUACCAAAAGAAAAUGAAGACACAGAAAUGAUUGUUGAAAACAAUGAAGAGGGUGCAGAUAACUCUAUGAAAUGGACCCCCAAACCAUCCAAGCAUCACCAUCAUCACCAUCACUCUCAUCACAGUAGUAGUAGCCAUAAAAAGAAAUCUUCACGAACGUUAAUACAAACUAUAAGUGUUACACCAAAAUCUGUUUCAAAGAAAAAGAAGAAGAAACGGAAACGUUAUGGUAGUGAUAGUGACAGUGAUAAUAGUGAUGAUCCAGACUUUGUAUGUUAGUUAUGUAUCAUAAUGAUGUAUGGAUGAAAUAAUGAUGAAUGAUACAUUUAUGGCUGUUUUAUUGUUGUUUUAUAUUGUUGUCGUGAGGAAGGAAAUCAUCUGUUUUAUCAAACAAACCAUGUACAUAAACAAAACUCUUUAUCAAAACUGCUGCAUUUUAUUGUCACUGUAUCUAGUUCAUUGUUUUACAUUGUUCGUUGCUUUCUUUUUUUUUAGAAUCAUGACGUCAGUUCUUAUUUACAAAUGUUGUUGUGUAAAUGAAAAAGUAUUUAUUUUAUUUUUUAAGAAAAACCUGUAUACAGUUUCAUUGCCAACACAUUUAUCAACACAUUAAUCAGUCAUAUGUGAUGUUUCCAUUCCCAGCCAUUUGAACUUGAAGAAAAUAGAAAAAGUUAUUUGAUGAAAUUAAAAAAUAUAAAAUGA